AUGAGAUCAGAGCAAAUUUCUGUCUUCUACUGAAAUUACGCAAGAGAUAAUCGUGGGUUCUUGUCGCUGAAUUUAUUGAAUUCUCAGUAAAAUACUGUAAAAAAUGUUACGGUUUACGGGAAAACAACUAAAUAACAUUGUAAAAAAUUCAAUAAUUUUACGCAGUACUACUGUAAGUCAAUGUAUCCGCGCUUCACACGAUGGACCUGUAGAAAGUGAAGAACAAUUUAACGAAAGAUACGUGAAUUAUUUAAAUCGUCCUAGUCUCGAUCACUGGGAAAUUCGUCAGACUAUGAACAAAUUAGCUGGUAUGGAUCUUGUACCUGAUCCAACUAUUAUUUGUGCAGCAUUAAGAGCUUGCAGACGAUUAAACGAUUUUGCUCUUACCAUUCGAAUUUUGGAAACUGUAAAGGAUAAAUGUGGAUCUAGGCUUAAUGAAAUAUAUCCGUACAUAUUGCAAGAAAUCAGACCUACCUUAGAUGAAUUAGGUAUCAACACUCCAGAAGAACUUGGUUAUGAUAAACCAGAAUUAGCUCUCCAGUCAAUUGAUGAUAUUCAUUAAUUAAGUUAUUUAUUUAGAACUCAUAAAGAUAGUAUCUAUGCAUAGAGGUGCUUUCUGUUAAACCUUUCAUAAAUAGAAGUUCAAAUUUUAAACUAGGAUAAAAGUAUAUAUAUAUCUAUUAUCAUUACAUCUUUGUUAUUAAAUAUUGAUGUAGAUAAAUACAAUACUUAUCAUACUAUGUGAUAUAUGUUUCAUACGUGGAGCACAAUAUUCAUAAAUUGGAAAAAUAUAUGAAAUAAUUGGUAUUUA